AUUAUUAAAUAUAUAUGAUAAAAUGAGCAAAAUAUAUGCAAAUAUUGGCAUAAUUGUGUGACCGAAGUGAAUAUAAGUACAAAAAAUAGUUUUUUUUUGAGGAAUUACUGCAAUAAAAAGUGAGGAGAAAUUGAUGACGGCCAAGAGUAUGUGCGUGCGUGUUUUUGUGUGUGAGCUUGUGUUGUUCACGGAUAAAAUAUAAUUAAAAAAUAUGCAGAGGAAGUUAUCGCGAUAAGAAAUUAAAUAUUUAAAAUCUCAAAAGUUUGCUUUCUGUGUACUAUUUAUAACAGAGGUAUGAGCUGGGCUUUUAGCUGAACAAUGACAUCAAUGGCCAAAACCAAUCAAAAAACCGGAACAACAGCAGAUGCAUUUAAAACAUUAUUUGCAAAUAAUAAUAAAUCGUGCUCUGGCAGUAUAUGCAGAGAUACAUUAUUUUUGUAAAAGAAAUAAUAAAGUGAAGUUGAUACUACAUCAACAAACAGUCAUUCCAACGUGUACUGCUUAACUCAUAGCAGCCCUCGGAGUUCAGUGCCACAAGCUAUCGCUAAGCGCCCGCACAAUCGCUUCUUGUUUAGUAAAAUAUACAAGAAUUAAAUAAAAACAAAAUUUGCAACCAUGAAUUCAACUGUGUACACCAAUAGUGUCACUAUCAUCAGCAGUAACAGCAAUAGUCACAAUCACAACAACAGCGCCAACAUCAACAAUAUUACAAUUACAAGUAAUAGCAAUGCGAAUAAUACAAAUAACUUGCCUGCCUCCACACCCGUAGCUACGAACCAUACAACAACUACGCACAUAACAACAACAACAAGUAGCGAUACAACAGUUUUAACAGCGGCAGCUGGAGGUGAUGCCGCAAAUGUGCCGCUUAUGACCAAUAAUACAAGUAACAAAAGCGUAGCAGCGCUUGAUGAUCAAGAGGCGUUACUACAACGCGCCGCAGAUGAACGUGAAGCAAUUUUCAAUCGUUACUCGUUGGGUUUGGAUCCCACUAAUGUGGUCGACCCUUGGGAGAAUCCUACAUUUGAGCUCUACCAUAUUACGGAUAAAUAUGGCUUCAUGCACGAUUCCCGCCUGCCCGACACCCGCGACUCACAGGAGCUACAGCGUACCAAAAUCGAAUUGGAGCGCGACAAGAAAUGGAUGAAAAUGCUUGCCAAUUGGAAUCCCAAUAAUGAGAAAGUGCGACGACGUGUCUUCAAAGGAAUACCAGAUCGUAUGCGUUGGCCAGCAUGGAAAAAAUUGCUGAAUGUUGACGAAUUGAUUGCCGCCAAUCCAGACAAGUACGCGUCUAUGUUGGCAUUGGCGCGUAAAUACUCCACCGAGGUGCGUCAAAUCGAUUCGGAUGUAAAUCGACAAUUUCGUGAUAAUGUCGCUUACCGUCAACGGUAUAGCGUUAAACAGUGCUCCCUCUUCAAUGUGCUAAAUGCGUAUAGUAUAUAUAAUCCAGAAUUGGGUUAUUGUCAGGGUAUGGCAUGUCUGGCGGGUGUGCUAUUGCUCUUUAUGCAGGAGGAAGAGGCAUUUUGGGCGUUAAAUCAAUUAAUUAUAGAUCGUAAAUAUGCUAUGCACGGUCUGUUUAUUGAGGGCUUCCCAAAACUGACGCGCUUCCUUGAACAUCACGAUCGGAUACUGUCGAAGAUGAUGCGUAAAUUGCAUCAACAUUUCAUGAAGCACAAUGUCGAUGCCAUUCUUUACUCGAUUAAAUGGUUCUUUGUGAUCUUCGUGGAGCGGAUACCAUAUAGUUUAGCUUUGCGCGUGUGGGACAUUUAUCUGUUGGAGGGUGAACGUGUCGUCACUGCGAUGGCCGUCACCAUACUAUAUUUGCACAAACAGGAAUUGUUGCGUCUCAAAGAUAUGGACUCAAUUAUUGAAUACUUGCAAGUGAAAUUGCAUAAGAAUUUCGGUUACAACGACGAUUACGUAAUUGAGGCACUCGAACGUAUGUUGAAAAAGUUGAAAGAAUUGAAAUUGGAUGUAGCACCGCCCCCAAAAGCGAAUGAGUUCCCUGUUCGACCGUUAGGACAAUUCGUGGAGGCGGAUGUUGAGAAAAAGAUCGGGCGACGACGUUCCGAAUAUACCGAUACGGAAAAACAAGUUAUAACUGAUGUGAUAUUGAGAUCUGAACAAAAUGCAGUAGAAGUACAAUCAACUAUGUCGUAUGAGACCUCUGAAUGCGCUACCGGUGAUGCAUAUUCAAUGAAAACGUAUCGAAGUAUCACUAGUUUAGCCACCUCACCGGCUGUUAGCAGUUAUUCACUAUAUAGUAAUGGAUUUGUUGUCACCACCAACAAUAAAUUGUACAAUGACAUUGAUAACAAUGCUUACAAUAACGGUCACAAUCACAACCACAGCCAGAGUUAUUUACAUAGGCACAGUAAUAGUUAUAGUUACAGCCAUACAAUGUUACCGUUACAAAAUCAUACAGACGUUGACGUUGACUAUUCGAAUGUUGUUGAUUUACCGCCAGACUUUAAUGAAAAUGCUGAAAUUGAUGACGAUGAACUCAGCGUACAAAAUACUCGGCUAUAAAUUUAUAUACUAGAAAAUAUUCAAAAAAAAAACUAAGUAAUUCCACAUUUACCAGCGCACUAAAUAUGUAUUUAUAAGCUUAUUAAUACAUUUAAUAAUUAAAAUAAAUAUAUGUAUGUAGUUAUUACAAUAUGCCAAUUUAGCUAGCCUUAAGCUUAAAAUAUGCGAUAAUAAUGUAAUGCUAUUGCGUUUAUAAAAUAUAUAUAAAAAAUUAUAGCAUUUAAUAUUUUUUGUUUGAAAACUAUUUUAGAAAAGCUUGCAUAUUUGUAGGCUGAAUAUAGCAAAUACGCAAAACUGCAGUCAUCUAGCUCACAAAAUAUUUGAAAAAUGUUUUUUUAUAUUACAUUUAAUAUUUUUCGCCUAUAAAUUGAAUUUAUUACCUUAAAUACUAACAAAUAACAGCCUAAAAUAUUAAGUAUAUAAAUAUUUUUUUCCCUAAUAUGAAAAUUUAUGCCGCGAAAUCGAAUCAGAAAGAGAUUAAUUUGUACUACAAAAUUUUUUAUAUUAAAAUUAUGAGGUUUACACAUACAUACAUACAUAUAUUUUUAUGUUUAAUUAAAUUCUCCUAUUGCCAAAAAUUACAUACCUCCUUUACAACAUAUUACGUACAAAAACCAAUUUACAGUUGUUAAAAAUAUAAUUAACAUAGGCUGUUAGAAAUGUUCCAUUAGCUGUUAUUACUAAUAUAUAGUGACAUUGCUAAGCAUAGUAUUCGCUAUAUUCAGUCUAUAACUUAUAUAAUUAUAUAGCGAAAUUCAGUAUAUAACUCCUAGCAUUGUAUAGUAUAGCUUUAAAAAUUUUGUUUUCCAUAUUGUAGCUUGCCUUUUUGCUAAGCACACAUACUGCUAAAUGUGUAUACUUUAUAAAAAAAAUUGCCAUUGCAAAAAAAGCAUAAGUAAUUAGUUAGAUUUUAUAAUUACUCAAUAUGUAUUUGUAAACUUUAGAAUCUCUCUUCAAUAAUACUAUGCUUUACACCUAUUGUCAUGCUUAUUUUACUUCAAACAUUGCCUAUUGCAAACAUUCCCUUAAUGCAAUUAUUGUAUAUUUUUUCACAAAAGUUAUUAAGUAAAAGUGGUACACAAUAUUUUACUGAAUUAUUAGCUGAAUUCAAACAUUCUUUAAUAAUAAUUCCACAUUCAUUUUGUGCGCUUAAAUGGAAUAACAGUAAUUUUUUAAAAGUUUAUACAUAAUUUCGCACAUAUAAUUGCAAAGAAAACACGUGGGAUUAUUUAUUUAUAAUAUACAUAUGAAGUUUCAUAACGCAAAAUAUAAUUUUUGAGGUUAUAUACUCUUUUCAAUAAUACCUAUUGGGAACUACUGAUUUGCAUUUGUGUUUUUAUGAUCAAAUAACUAGAAUUCAUUUCAGAUUCCGCUUAAUACUGUUUAAAUUUCGGAUAUUUUCCAUUAAUUAAUGUUUUAUUAUAUCUUAGGUGCAUACAGCACCUUUUAACUUUAACGACACAUGCAGUCAGUUUGUUUCAAUUAAAUUGUAAUUACACACAAGCAACAGUGUUUUCUGUUUAUGUUGGGAGGAUUAAAUAUAUUAGUAAUUCAACAAAAAAAUAUAAAAAUAUAAA